AUGUCGCGCGUCCUCUCACCCCGGACCUCGGUGGCGUCCGCCCGCUCCCUACUGGUAAUCGGCUGCCUCCUGCUGGCCGGCUACCAGUGCUUCACGCUGCUGCAGCUGUACCUCAGCGAGCCCGUGUCCAUGUCGCUCUCGUUCACACCAGGCAAGGAGGUGGCCGUGCCUUCCGUCACCAUUUGCGGCUUCCCUUAUGAUCGUGUCGCGAAGGCGCACCGCCGCCCGCAGAACGUCUCGAUCGCGGAGGGGUACUGGCAGGCCAGCGUCAACCUGGGCCGGCAGGUGAAACGCUGCUUCCCCAGCUGCCGGCCGGACCAGAACAUCCCAUACCCUGGAGGGAAGACUCCGGUGAAGACCGGAAGCUGGAGCUCCUGGGUGGCGACGGUCGAGCACGCGCUGUGCCACACCUUCACACCGAACGUCACGUGGGGCCAGCUGGUCGAUCUAAGCUCCUCAAAGAAGUUCCAGUUGAACAUCGAAAUAUCAGUGAAAGCCAACAGAGCCACUACGUGGGAUCACCGUGUUUUAAUCCACCCGAAGCGACGGCCGCUCCUGACCAACCUGGACAUCAAAGGAGUGCAGGAGGAUCCGCGCUUUGAACUGAAAGGUCCGAACAUCAUGCGAUUGCAAGUUUCCUCACGCAUUCACGACCGCGAGAGUCUGCAACGUGCCAGAUGCAAUUCGUCUGCCGGCUACGGCUACGAGGCCUGUGUCGUCCAAUGCUACCACACCCUCUGGGCGAACACACUGAACUGCUCGACUCCCGAGAUGCUGGACGAUUUCCUGCACCUGCCUGAGUGCUCCUUCCGUCAGCUGGGCAAGCGCAGCGUGUUCGCGCGCGGCUUCCGCGGCUGCCACUGCCUGCCCGCCUGCAGACAGCAGAGGUACGUGGUCGACGCCACCGUCCAAAAGCUGCCGGAGGGGAUGUUCAGCAGCACUCUGAUCCGCGUGCAGUUGGGUCAGAUCCCAGAGGAGGUGGCGACGGAGCGUCGCUCGUACCCGCCGGCCAGCCUGAUCAGCGAGAUGGGCGGCUACAUCAGCCUGCUGCUGGGCGUGUCCGUCCUCUCCGUGGGGGACGUGCUGAGUCAGAUCAUGAGCAAGCGCGCAGCCGCCGAGCCAUGCGAGCCGCGGGGCGCGGACGCCGCGCGAUGCCGGCUGGACACGCUGGACGCCGGCCGCGUGAACGUGACACAGCUCGGCCGUCUGCGGCGACUGGAGAUCGAGUGCGCCGACUCGUCGCAUGUCAGCGUUGACUUCGCCGUUGCGCUGGGGCGCGCGUUCGGCGAGCUGCGUGAGCUGGCGGUGGAGCGCUGCGCGCUGGGGCACCUCCGGCGAGGGGUGUUCCGCCACCUGCGCGGCCUGCGGACGCUCAGCCUAAGGACGUUCAACCGCGAGUGGACGUCGGCGGAGAUGAGGCUGGAGCGGGGCUGCUUCGAGGGCCUCGAGUACCUCGAGACGCUGGACCUCGGCGAGAACAACAUGUGGGCGCUGGAGUCGGGCGUGUUCGCGGACCUAGCGUCGCUCAAGACGCUCAACCUCACUGGUAACAGCUUCCAAGAGCUGGCCGAGCUGCAGGACGCUGGCAUCAGCGACAGUCUGCAGGUGCUGGACGUGUCUAGCAACGGUCUGCUGGAGCUGUCACCGGCCGGACUCAGCUCAUUCGGCAGCCUCCGUGAGUUGCACGCGCGCGCCAACCACCUGGCCGUGAUCCACGACGGAGCGCUGCGGGACCUCAAACGGCUGGAGGUGCUGGACGUCUCCGACAACCGGCUGGUGGCGCUGCCGGCCAUGAUGCUGAACGAGACGCGUCUGCUCCGCGACCUCCGCGUGCAGAACAACAGCAUCCGCGUCCUGCCGCCGAGCCUGCUGUCCGACCUGCCGCAGCUGCAGGCGGUCAACAUGUCCCGUAACAACCUCAGCUCCGAGUGGAUCCGAAAGGACACCUUCGCCGGCCUGUUCCGUCUGAUCGUGCUGGAUCUGUCGGCAAACCAGCUGGACUCGCUCAGCGUGGACGUGUUCCACGACCUCUCAAGCCUCCAGGUGCUGGACCUCAGCCGGAACGUGCUGACGUCCGUGCCAGACGGCGUGUUUUCGUCGCUGAGCAACCUGCAUACGCUGUCUCUUUCGGACAAUGCACUUGCUCGGCUGGGUCGCUACUCGCUGGCCGGCCUGCACGUGCUGAGCCGACUGCGACUGGACAACAACCGGCUGACUGACAUCGCCGACCUCACCUUCUCCAACGUUACCAGUGUGGAGCACCUGCUGCUGCAGCGCAACCAGCUGCUGUCGGUGCCGGCGGCGCUCAGGCGGCUGACGUUCCUGAGUCGGCUGGACCUGGCAGACAACUUCAUCAGGGACGUGCCGGUCGGCGCGCUGGCGCCGCUCCGCCAGCUCAGCUUUAUCAGCCUCGCCGGCAACCAGCUGAGCAACGUCUCGGUCGGCUGUCUGACCGGCCUGAGCUCGCUGGCCGUGCUCGACCUUUCCCGCAACCGCAUCAGCGGCGUCGAGAGCGGCGCCUUCGACGCUGCCGCCGGCCUGCGCGUCGUCCGAAUCGACGCCAACCGGCUGAGCAACGUCAACGGCCUAUUCGCGAAGCUGCCGGCGCUUCUCUGGCUGAACGCCAGCGACAAUCAGAUCGAGUUCUUCGACUACGCCCUGAUUCCGGUCGAGCUGCGCUGGCUCGACCUCCACAACAACCGGAUCCGCAAGAUCGGCAACUUUUACAACAUCGAGUCCAAGAUCAAGCUGGAGACGCUGGAUCUGAGUCACAACGAGGUGUCGCACCUGGCCGCUGCGUCCGUGCCCGACGGCAUCAAGUACUUCAUCCUUGCCAGCAACCAGCUGACGACGGUGGAGCUGGGGACGUUCGAAGCCAAGUCCCGGCUGAUCCGAGCCGACUUCUCCUCCAACCAGCUGAGCGAGCUGGACCUGCAGGCGGUGACGCUGGCCGGCAGCGAGGACAGCGUGGCGCCGGCCGAGCUUCUACUGGCCGGCAACCCCUUCUUCUGUGACUGCGCCAUGGACUGGCUGCUCACCAUCGACACCAUGACGCCGCGACACAAAUACCCUCAGGUGCUGGACGCGGAGCGGGUGAUGUGCCGCCUACUACGGUCACCGGGCCAUCCGAUCCCGCUGCCGCUCACCAAGCCGGCCGACUUCCUCUGCAACUACGAGCGGCACUGCUUCGCCCUCUGCCACUGCUGCAACUACGUGGCCUGCGACUGCGAGAUGAAGUGCCCCGACGGCUGCUCCUGCUACCACGACCACACAUGGAACACCAACAUCGUCGACUGCAGUAGCCGAGAGCAGCUGGCCAUCUCGCGGGAGAUCCCGAUGGACGCCACGGCCCUGUUGGCCGCCGGCAACAACAUCCGAAGCCUGGAGAGCCACACUUUCAUCGGGCGCAAGCGGAUCCGCCUGUUGUACGUCAACAACUCCAACGUGGAGGAGAUCCAGAACCGCAGCCUCAACGGCCUCUCGGCGCUCCAGGUGCUCCGGCUCGAGAACAAC